CUCUGCCCCGCGGCGAGGGUGUCUAUGGAGAGGCGGCGGCCGCGGCUGCUCCAGCCGAGGUUGAGGCCGCGGAGAUGGCGCCCUUCCCGGAUGAGGUGGACGUCUUCACCGGCCCGCACUGGCGGAUGAAGCAGCUGGUGGGGAGCUACAGCGAGAAGCUUUCCAAAACCAACUUUUCCAAUAACAACGAUUUCCGUGCUCUUCUACAAUCUUUGUAUGCUACUUUUGAAGAGUUCAAAAUGCAUGAGCAGAUUGAGAAUGAAUACAUUAUUGGUUUGCUUCAGCAACGUAGCCGGACCAUUUAUAAUGUACAUUCUGACAAUAAACUCUCAGAGAUGCUUAGUCUCUUUGAAAAGGGGCUGAAGAAUAUUAAGAAUGAAUAUGAACAGUUAAAUUAUGCAAAACAGCUGAAAGAGAGAUUGGAGGCUUUUACAAGAGAUUUUCUCCCUCACAUGAAAGAGGAAGAAGAGGUUUUUCAGCCCAUGCUAAUGGAAUAUUUUACUUAUGAAGAACUUAAAGAUAUCAAAAAGAAAGUGAUUGCCCAACAUUGCUCUCAGGAUACUGCUGAACUCCUUAGAGGGCUGAGCCUGUGGAAUCAAGCUGAAGAACGACAGAAGUUUUUCAAAUAUUCUGUGGAUGAGAAAUCAGAUACAGAAGCAGAAGUAUCAGUACACUCCACAGGUGUAGCCCAUCUUCCACCUGAGGUAAUGCUGUCAAUUUUCAGUUAUCUUAAUCCUCAAGAAUUAUGUCGAUGUAGUCAAGUCAGCACUAAAUGGUCACAGCUGGCAAAAACUGGAUCAUUGUGGAAACAUCUUUACCCUGUUCACUGGGCCAGAGGUGACUGGUAUAGUGGUCCUGCCACAGAACUUGAUACUGAGCCUGAUGAGGAAUGGGUGAAAAAUAGGAAAGAUGAAAGUCGUGCUUUUCAGGAAUGGGAUGAAGAUGCUGAUGUAGAUGAAUCCGAAGAGUCUUCAGAGAAUUCCACUGCUAUCAGCGUUGCACAAAUGGAAAAACGAUUACUUCAUGGUUUAAUUCAUAAUGUUUUGCCAUAUGUUGGUACUUCUGUAAAAACCUUAGUGUUAGCAUACAGCUCUGCAGUUUCCAGCAAAAUGGUUAGGCAGAUGUUAGAGCUUUGUCCUAACCUGGAGCAUCUGGAUCUUACCCAGACUGACAUUUCAGAUUCUGCCUUUGACAGUUGGUCAUGGCUUGGUUGCUGCCAGAGCCUUCGGCAUCUUGAUCUUUCUGGAUGUGAAAAAAUCACAGAUACGGCUUUAGAGAAAAUUUCUAGAGCUCUUGGAAUUCUGACACCUCAUCAGAAUGGCUUCUUGAAAACUUCAGCAAGCACGAGUACUUCAGCUGCAUGGAUAAAUAAAGACAUUACCAUGCGUCCUACCAAGCAGUAUGCUUGUUUACGUGAUGUAACUAACAGAGGCGUUGGCAGAGAAAUAGACAGUGAGCACACCUGGACUAAAUCUGUUGCUCCUGAAAGUUUUACUUCUCCUUACGUGUGGAUGUUAGAUGCCGACGAUUUGGCUGACAUUGAAGAUGCUGUAGAAUGGAGACAUAGAAAUGUAGAAAGUCUCUGUGUCAUGGAAACAGCAUCCAACUUCGGUUGUUCCUCAUCUGGUUGUUACAGUAAGGAUAUUGUUGGACUAAGGACUAGCGUCUGCUGGCAGCAGCACUGUGCUUCACCAGCCUUUGCAUAUUGCGCUCAUUCAUUCUGCUGUACCGGGACAGCUCUCAGAACUUUGUCAACACUCCCAGGAUCUUCUGCAGUGUGUACAAAAGCAUUAAGGACUACAUUGCCUAAGGGAAAAGACUUAAUUUAUUUUGGGAGUGAAAAAUCUGAUCAAGAGACUGGACGUGUACUUUUGUUCCUCAGUCUGUCUGGAUGUUAUCAGGUCACAGACCAUGGUCUCAGGGUUUUGACUCUGGGAGGAGGGCUUCCUUACUUGGAGCACCUCAAUCUCUCUGGUUGUCUCACUGUAACUGGGGCAGGUCUGCAGGAUUUGGUUUCAGCAUGCCCCUCUCUAAAUGAUGAAUACUUUUACUACUGUGACAACAUUAACGGUCCACAUGCUGACACCGCCAGUGGAUGCCAGAAUUUGCAGUGUGGUUUUCGAGCCUGCUGCCGCUCUGGUGAAUAAUCCUUGACUUCUGACCUUUGUCUACUUCGUUUAGCUGAGCAGGCUUCCUUUCAUGCACUUUACUUAUAGCACAGUUCUUGUGUUAACAUCCCUUUUGAAUGUGUCUUGUUUUGGCCCCAUUUCUUACUAUCUCAGAAAACUUACCAGUGAAUUGUACAGUGUUGUUUUCCUUGCAAAAUAUAUUUUUGUUUUAGAAAGGGAUUAUUAGGUCCUUUUGUUAGGAUGAGAACAGUUUUACUGGAUUUCUUUGAGAAGAAUGUCAGUAAUCCAAUGCCAUUUAAAGUACUUGGACACUAAGGAGGAUCACAGGUUCUCUUGUGCAAACACUGUAUAAGCUUGCAGGUUCUUUCAGAUGGACAUUUUGGAAGGUUGUUUUCAAAGACUGCACAUGAGACUCUGAGUUUCAAUGGGGGGGGCAGUCACUGGUUCUCUUGUGCAAACACUGUACAAGCUGGGCAGGUCCUUUCACAUGGACAUUCAAAAGGGUUUGGAUACUAAUCUUCUUCCCCCAACAUUUUCUUUAUUUAAAUAGUUCUCAGGGGCCAUUUCAAAUACCCCACCCAUGAGAUUCUCUUAGGAUUAUAGAGUAAAUUGGCUUCUUGGUGUUAGCUCAGUGAGCUAAGCAAGUACCAGUCUAGUUGUAUUUGCUUUCUUUCAGACCCCUGGUUGCUACUGCUGCCCCUAAAUUGUCAAAUUUGGGAGAAUUUUUAAAAAUUUCACUAUUGUUUGAAGAAAUGUAUAAAUAAAAUUUACUUUGAAGACUUUA